GUCGUGUACUUACGAUCAUAGGUGAUCGCAAUUCCCUGCAAAUCGUCGUUAUCUGUUUACAGACAACCAUGUAAUCGAACAGAUAACUCAGGGAUGAUAAACAUAAGGUCAAAAGAUUAAUCAUCGUUUGAUGAGGGCGAUGUUCUCCGUAAAGUUCAAACAUCUCGUGCUGAAUGCUUCACGCUUCACGAAUUCGCACCCCCGAAUGAUGUUGGUACAACUUUGUCGAGGCUUGAACCUCUUGAACAUGGAUUGGAAUGGCGGUGGAGAGAUGGAAGAGCGAAUGUCUAUUCGUGAUUCGAGCAAAGCACUCAAGAAAUACGGGAGCACAGCUAAGCACAUGACACGCAACGAAAACUUGAUAAAACAUGUCGUUUCUGCGAGCGAUACCCUUCAAGGUAUUGCGCUUAAAUAUGGAGUAACGACCGAGCAAAUACGGAGGGUCAACAGGCUGUGGGCAACCGACAGUUUGUUUCUCCGUGAAUAUUUACUCGUUCCUGUAUCUGGAGAUAGUUGCAGCCCAAUGGUCAAUGAUGCUACUCCAUCCUCGGGUGCUGAUAGCUCACACAGCAUCGAAAGUGUGACUAGUCCUUCAUCAAUAGCGUCUUCUAUAGACGAAGAAGGCUCUAUAGACGAUUUCUUGGCAAAAAUGGAUUCGUCGAUAGCAAGUAUGAAGAAAGAGGUCAAACGUGCGCAAGGAAAUACUUUGGAGAAUACAUGUUUUGCCAUGAGGGGGAUGACACGAUCACACAGCGGCGGAGAGCCGUUGCUAGAAUGCGGAACUCGCACCCUGUUAGCUCAACGACCAACUCUACAACCGCCUCCUCUGAGUUACUAAGGCCGUCUCUGUCAGGCGAUGUGCAUAAUUUGCCUUCAGCUGUUGUCAUGACCCAAGGAAGAAAGGUAAAAACGUCGUUGCAAAGAUUACAGCAGCAGCAGGACGAAAUGUUCCAGUUGUAGCAAUUACGGUCGGCUUGCGCCAUGAGUGUAAAGGCCUAGGGUUUGUAUUAUUGCGUUGUAAAGAUCGGUGCUUGACUACAGCAAAUGGUAGGUAGAUUCGACCUGAUGCUUCAAGUUCACGAUAAUCACUAUUAUUUGUACUUAUUGUUAGCUUGGGUUGAGGACGUGAAACAGCAAAAACUUACAUUCUGAUAAAUCCAUCGAGAUUCUGUCCCCUUGUUACUAUGGGUAUCUAGUCUUGUCAGGUUCUAGAUUGGCAUAUUUCCAAUCAAAGAAAAUGAAGACUCAACGAAGAUACAAAAAGAGCAGUUGUUGCAACGAAAAGUGAUCUGCGAUAAAUCAACCUUUUAAUUUUUUGAAAUUUAUCUUUGAAAUCUAUACCAGUAGUUAAUCGUACCGAGGUAAAAAACCAGUCACGAAAUAAAAAAUGUUUUUUUACUCAACGUCAUAUAAGUAUAUGAUUUUUUUGAUCGUUAUCUCAGAGAUCAGAUCUUGGUGCUAUUAAUCAGGUCUCAUCUUACAGAAUACCAUGUAGAAUCGUUCGUUUCUGCUUUUUCAAUUUUUAAGCUUCAAGCUCGAAAAAAUGUCAGUACCAGUGGUGAACCUUCUGAUGCCUUACAUGCCUAUAUUGUAUCCAAUUUUGAAUGAAAGUUCAAUUGUUUAAAAUUGACUAGUGUUUAUCUACCUAUAAUCGGUAAUAGUUUCACAUCGACGAAAUACACAGUUGUGUAACGAACGACAAAAAUCUUGUGAGUUCUAUUACCUAAUUGAUUGACUCAUUAUUUCGACCUUGGAUCAAAGCCAAACCAUGGAAGUUGUUACUAUCUUCUUACAGUUAUCUAAUUAAUCUCUUGAAAUAUGUGUCUUUUGAGCAGCCACAUAUUAAUUUACCAUUCUAAAAGUUUCAUUGACGAAUACACCAGUAAUUUUCCGAUUCUCUUGGUGCAAGUGAAAUAACUAUACAUUCUAUGUUAUGUUUGUAUCUAAAAAAGAUUAUAAUUACUCCGACUAGUUAGCAGUUUACAUGAAAGCAGAUAUUGGCACUGAGCCUGAAUAAUAUGACCUAUCCAAAUACUGGGUUCACUCUUUUGAAGAGCGCUCACUAUUAUCGUUACGAGAGAUCUAAGCUCACCCCGUGCUUCUAAUAUUUAUAAGUAGAAACGAAUUAGAAGACCUCAGAGUGCCCAGGAACCUAUUUACCAAACUCAACCUUAGUCACGAUUGUAUUACUACUCUCCUCGCACAUGAAAUACAAACAUACCUACCUAGUUAGGUUCUAACGCAAUAAUUCCAUGAUCUUCGAGAUAAUUAAAAUGAAUAAGUGAUCUUGAGUUUUUCUUUGUGGAAGUUAUUUAUUUUUUUUUUUCAAUAGAAGUCCUGCUUGUCACAUACGAUUAAGCUUUAUUGAGUUUUCAUCAGAACAAAUUAUUCUAUCCACGUGUAAGAGAUUUAUCAAUAUAAAUCAUUUUUGUAAUGUACUUUUCUAUAUUUUGCACAAAGAUACUGUUUCUAUUAUAGGUAGGUAAGUUUAUAAAUGAUAUAUAAUAGGUGAACAGGUAGGACGAUAGAAGCGUGUAUAUAUUACUACGUGGACAAAGUAUAAUAUACAUACAUAACUAGGUAUAGAAAAUUAAUAAAGACGUAAGGAGAUAUGAAUACUGUCUACGAAAUGAUACGUAGUUUGUAAUUGCUGUUGUUAUUAUUAUUAUUAUUAUUAUCAUUAUUAUUGUUGUCAUUGUUAUUAUUAUCAUCAUUGCUAUUAUUAUUAUUACUAUGAUUACUUACAUAAGAGUUAUUUCAGGGGAGAGCAUUAACUAAGGCUUAUUUUCCAGUAAGGCUGAUGCGUCUUUCUGUCUAGUGCGUUACCCUGAACAAACCUUAUAUGUAUGUAUGAUCUGUGUAACUAUGUACAGUCUUUGCUAUAAGUUGGUAAAGCUAAUGCAUAUGGAUUAAGUAUGAACAUCCUCUAUACGUAUGUUAAUCCAAGUUCGAAAGGUCAUGUUUUUUCAAUCAUUUGAAACUGAAUCUAAAAAAUUUGUUCAUAAAUCUAUAUUGAAAGACAAAGAUAAUCGCGUUGAAUGAUAUCACACAAUGAGAAUAAUAUGAUCCUUUGAACUUGAUAUGAGAGCUCUAUAUAACUUGUUAGAUUCGUCAGUGCAUUGAAAAACACUGUCCAUCUAUGUAAAAUACCUUCGUUAUUCAGAAGUCUGCUAAUUACUUGUCAUAAAUGAAAGUUGUAACAUAUUCUUCUCAAUGCGAUUUUGCCCUGUCCACUUUUUGGUGGUUAUCCAUUAUUGCAUACUUGUGUUUCUCCUAUCUUGAGGCCAGUUGAGCAGGUGAAAAAAGUUCGCUAUUUGAUGCAGACUUACAGUUAGAAUGAUAACUGUUCUCUGCUAUUACUGUCAUCCGAUUUUCGAUCUUUAUUGAGAAAAAUCUCUACAAAUCAACUGAUGUGUUGAACGAUACAAGUUUUCAAUAAAUAAAUUAGCAAUAUAUGUAACAAA